AUGUUGGAAAUAUCAGUUCUUAAGGUGGAGGACCCUGGCUGUUUGUGGGGUAGGAUUGUCAAAGGACCUUGUGUCCAAGCACACAGUCCAAAAGACUACGAGGACCUGCAGGUUAAGAUGAACCUAUUCUACCAUGAUGUCAAUUUUGAUGUGCAAAAAUUGAAGCUAAACUCACCAGAAGAAGGCCAGGUAUGUGUGGUUUUUCACUCGGACCAGAAAAACUGGUGUAGGGCUAUCGUGGAAAGUCUGCUUCUGGGGACUGUAAACGGCCAAGCUGUGUGCUUCUUGGUGGACCAUGCAGAACGCAUUAUAGUUCAUAAAGAUGAGGUGAGAGUUGCUCUUGAUCAGUUUCUGGAGCUGCCGUUUUGGAUGCAGAAGUUUGAACUGGCAGGAAUUCACCCCAUGAGACUUCAAGUAUCCCUUUGUCAACAGAAAGCAGAACUUGUGCCAUCAUGUCACUGGGACAGUUCAGCUACACGGUACUUACUCAACCUUAUACAGGCUUCUACUCUGGUUCAGGCAGUUUUGUGUGGAAGGUAUAUGGGAUCCUCUGCCAUUCAACUCUACCUGACCAUCCGGAAUGUAAAGAUCUGUGUGAACGAUGAUCUUGUGGUGAAGAAAUUUGCCUGUUUUUCAAGUGCAAAAGCAAAUGUGACGUCACAGAACUGCUCAGUUGACCCCUCACCCGUGUCUCUGACAUGCGACAUCUUCUCCAGCCCUGACAAAUUCCUAGCCACAAAUGGUUGCCGUGCAGCAACAUCACUUCCUCCUGGCUUCUUAUUUGAGGAAGGCCACAGAGAUGACAUCAUAAUGGGUGAGAGCACCACCUCUGAGGCAGGUCGGGAGGACAUAUCUCUCACAGCACCUCAGCUCCUGGAGGAUAAAAGCCCUCCGGAAACCCCCCCUGGAGUCUGCAGAGACCAGACGAAAAACGUCUCCUCCACUCUGCAGUCUGAGGCCAUGCUAGCUGACUGUGACAGCGGUGGUUCCUCUGUAGAACUGAAUGGAGAAAGUCCUCUAAAAGAGCGACAGAGCUUGAAAGAGGAGCUGGCCUGUGCAAGAUUGCUGCAGCUGCUUAAUCCAGAUCCUUUAAACCCAGAUGCAGACUCACUCGACACCAACGUUCUCAUCCCGGAACAUGGCGGACAGAGGGUUCUGGUACAUUCUGCCAUCACAGUUGACCCUUGUGUGACCCUUUCCCAUGCCCCUAUCACGGAGAACUUCAGAAAGUUCUUGUUGAGGAGGAAGUAUGCAGGUCCAGGAGAAGCUGAGAGUUACUGUUGGCCCAGCGUGGCGCGCGGAUGUGACACGGUUCUGGUGUCUCAUGGUGGGGAGGACCCAGUUUCUUAUCUACCCCCGCUCCUAGCUCACAUCCAGCUCUCAUCUGUCUACAGUCCUCUGUCAGCACACAGCGGACCUCUGUCAGUCAUCCUUUGUCCUGGCUGGGAAAAGGUGCAGAUGGUGAUGGAGCUAUUGGAGGAAAGCCAGGCAGCGCAGUGCCUUCACCCAGCUGCAGCCUUAAUCGGACUGGGCAAAGACGAGGCCACGAACACCAAGAUCCAGAAGAACUGUCAGCUGCUGGUGACCACGCCCAGCAGCAUGGCUAGGCUGUUGGCUGCACACUGCUUCCUUUUCCUGCGGCUAUGCCACCUGGUACUGCACGAGGCUGAUGUGCUUUUCUCACGCACCCCUGCCCAGAUGGAGACUAUCUUACAGCAUUUUAAGAAGUUGGUAUGCAGUGAGGAGAGGGUUUCCUGCCCACGGCAGAUCAUUUCCGUUGCUAAGCGCUGGACGCCGCCACUCGACAGCUUGGUUAGAGAGCACAUGUUCAGCCCGAACGUUAUCAUCAGUGUGUUAGAGGAGGCUGCCCUAUACAGCCAAGUUCAUCAGGUCGUCCUGCUUUGUUUGGACUCCUCUAAGACUUCCGUUCUGCUCAGCUCUUUGGAUUUCAAUCCUUCCUUACCCCAAAAGACCCUGAUCAUUGCUAACUCUCCAGAGGAGGUAGAACAUGUUUACAAGGCUGUCACCAACACCUCAGCAUUCUCACUAAAGGCACAUGAGGGUUUGACUUUUGAGUUUGACUUUGUCAUCCAGCAGUGGAACAAAGACAUUGGGCCUGGCACUCAAGUCAUUCUGGUGACCACCAAUGAGUGCCUGAAGGCCCUGGGAAUCAGAGAUGCCACGUGUGUAGUUCACUAUGGGUUCCCAAGCUCCCCAAAACUUUUUGGUUUGCGACUCUUCUGCAUGUCUGAAAACUUCCGGAACCUCUCUGACAAGAGCACAGGUCCUGGGGUUCAGUCUGUGUUGCUGCUGUCUGAGCGGAGCGCUCGUCACAUUUUGGGGGUGCUGCGUUACCUGAAGCGCACAGAUGCCUCGCUUCCCCCUGAGCUCCUGCAGUUUGCCCGCGGGGUGCAGCGAGCCAAAGAGGAGCAGAAGACGGACAGACCUCUGUGUGGAUACCUGAAGAGCACGGGCUGCUGCAGGGACAGCAGUGCUUGUGCAGACAGGCACUCAGUCAGCAGAAUUCUGGACAAUCCCCAGCACUCAUUCUCCGGCAUUAUUCUGGUUCUGCCCCUUUACAUCAAGAGUGCCUCUGUUUACUAUGGUCGCGUCGUCCGCCAAAAAGACGACUGUUACGAGACUUUAUCGGCCCAGAUGAGCUCUCACUACGCCAGAGAAAAACUCUGUGCUAAAGAUGUCCUGGAAGGGGAAUUAUAUGGGAUACAAGAACGGGAUGUUUACCACAGGGUGCGUGUUACAGAAGUACCUGAUAAAGGAGACCGCCUCUUCAGCAGUGUGACGGCACACUUUUUGGAUGAGGGGCGCACACAGGAAGUGAAAUCACACCAGCUGUUGCAGCUUCCCGCCCAGUUCCACCAGUUGCCUCCCCAGGCUGUGGAAAUAAUUGUGUGCAGAGUUCAGCCCAUUGACGGGGAGGUUCACUGGAACCCAAAGGUUACCAGAGCAAUCAGUCAAAAGAUUCAAGGAACGUUACAUCAAGCUAAGGUGGUCUUGAGUCUAGGAAACACCAUUUGGGUUGAUCCUAUGGUGCGAGUGACUCGGCUACCUGGUCUGAAAACCUUCAUUAAUGAAUAUAACAUCAGUGAUGAGAUCCUGGCCACAGGGAUGGGCACAACCAAUCCACAGCAUGUGGACCUGCUGAAGGAACUGAUCCAGCACCAGGCAGACUCCAGCACCGCAGAGACCAGCCACGCCCAUCUGUUUGAGAGUUCUCCUGUGACUCUGAAGCUGAAGGUUCAGGCUGAAGAAGAGGAUCUGUCCAGUAAGGUCAACGCUUCAGAGGAAAACCUGAGUACUGGACCAGAGCUCGGGGUGGAACCUCCAAAAACCGGGCUUAAUGAUCCACAGAGGUUUGAGAGUUCUCCUGUGACUCUGGAGCUGAAGGUCCAAGUUGAAGAAGAGCCUCUGUCCAGUACGGUCAACGCUUCAGAGGAAAACCUGAGUACUGGACCAGAGCUCUGGGUGGAACCUUCAAAAACCGGGCUUAAUGAUCCACAGAGUUUCUCUCCCUGUCCCCCGUCCAGUUUUCACCCGCAGGUAAAGUGGUAUGAGAAGAAGAAUACAGUCAUUGUUCACAUAAAGCUCACCUGCCCUGAUAAGCAGAGGUGUGAGUUUUACUCCGACAGGGUGAUAUACAGUGCCUAUGUGAAUGAACGGCAUUACCUUGCCAAUCUGGAGCUGCAGGGUAAUGUCAUUCCCGAGCACUGUUCUUGGUCAGUGAAGGGUAAUGAACCAGAGAUCAGACUGGUGAAACUGGAAGAGAGAAACUGGAAGACACUACUCAAACACAAGAGUCCAUUUGUCUGCUAUAACUUUGACUACAUUGGGGAGGAAGAAAUGACAACGCUGAAUGGUCCCUGGUUUGUGGCGGAUGCAGAAGAUGAGGGAUGCUACGUCAUUUUGGACAGUGAGCUUGAAAGUGACAGCGACUAA